AUGGCUCCUCAGAAGCACGGUGGAGGUGCGGGGCCCAGCUCGGGCUCCGCUGGCGGCGCCGCCGGAGGAGGAGGUGGCGGCGGAGGCGGCGGCGGCGGCGGCGGGGGGUUCGGGGGCUCCGCCGCGGCGGCGGCUCCCGGCGGCAAAUCCGGUGGUGCCGCAGGCGGCGGCGGCGGCGGCGGAGGAAGCGGUUACUCGGGCGGUUCCUCGGCCUCCUCGGCGGCGGCGGCGGCGGCGGCGGCGCUGCCCCCCGUGAAGAAGCCGAAGAUGGAGCAGAUCCAGGCCGACCACGAGCUCUUUCUUCAGGCCUUCGAGAAACCAACACAGAUAUACAGAUUUCUACGUACCCGGAAUCUAAUAGCACCAAUAUUUUUGCACAGAACUCUCACUUACAUGUCCCACAGAAACUCCCGAACAAAUAUCAAAAGGAAAACAUUCAAAGUAGAUGACAUGUUAUCAAAAGUAGAGAAAAUGAAGGGAGAACAAGAAUCUCACAGCUUGUCUGCUCACUUACAACUUACGUUUACUGGGUUCUUCCAUAAAAAUGAUAAGCCAUCACAAAACUCAGAGAAUGAACAAAAUUCUGUAACCCUGGAAGUACUGCUUGUGAAAGUUUGCCACAAGAAACGAAAGGAUGUCAGUUGUCCGAUAAGACAGGUUCCUACAGGUAAAAAGCAGGUGCCUUUAAACCCAGACCUCAGCCAAAUAAAACCAGGCAACUUCCCAUCACUUGCAGUUUCCAGCAAUGAGUUUGAACCAAGCAACAGCCAUAUGGUGAAGUCUUACUCAUUGUUAUUCAGAGUAACUCGCCCAGGAAGAAGAGAGUUUAAUGGACUGAUCAAUGGUGAAACUAAUGAAAACAUUGAUGUCAAUGAGGAGCUUCCAGCUAGAAGAAAAAGAAACUCUUCAAAUCGUGAAGAUGGGGAAAAGACUUUUGUAGCACAAAUGACUGUAUUUGAUAAAAACAGGCGUUUGCAACUUCUGGAUGGGGAAUAUGAAGUGGCCAUGCAGGAAAUGGAAGAGUGUCCCAUUAGCAAGAAAAGAGCAACAUGGGAAACAAUACUUGAUGGGAAGAGAUUGCCUCCAUUUGAAACAUUUUCUCAGGGACCUACACUUCAGUUUACUCUUCGUUGGACAGGAGACACAAAUGACAAGUCUACAGCUCCUAUAGCUAAGCCUCUUGCAACACGGAAUUCUGAAAGCCUCCCUCAAGAAAACAAGCCCAAUUCUGUUAAACCUACUCAGACGAUAGCUGUGAAAGAAUCCUUGCCGACAGACCUUCAAACAAGAAAAGAGAGAGAUGUUUUAAAUGAACCUCGACAAAAGUUGCGAAUAUUUUACCAGUUCCUUUAUAACAACAACACAAGACAGCAGACUGAAGCCCGAGAUGACUUGCAUUGCCCGUGGUGCACACUGAACUGUCGGAAACUGUAUAGUUUACUUAAACAUCUUAAACUUUGUCACAGCAGAUUUAUCUUUAAUUAUGUUUAUCAUCCAAAAGGUGCUAGGAUAGAUGUAUCUAUCAAUGAGUGUUAUGAUGGCUCCUAUGCAGGAAAUCCCCAGGAUAUCCAUCGUCAACCUGGGUUUGCCUUCAGUCGCAAUGGACCAGUCAAAAGAACUCCUAUCACACACAUACUUGUUUGCAGGCCAAAGCGUACGAAAGCAAGUAUGUCAGAAUUUCUUGAAUCUGAAGAUGGAGAAGUAGAACAGCAGCGAACAUACAGCAGUGGGCACAAUCGGCUAUAUUUCCACAGUGACACAUGUUUACCUCUCCGUCCACAAGAAAUGGAAGUAGACAGUGAGGAUGAAAAGGACCCUGAAUGGCUACGGGAGAAAACCAUUACUCAAAUUGAAGAAUUUUCUGAUGUUAACGAAGGAGAGAAAGAAGUGAUGAAAUUAUGGAAUCUUCAUGUUAUGAAGCACGGGUUUAUUGCUGACAAUCAAAUGAAUCAUGCCUGUAUGCUGUUUGUUGAAAAUUACGGACAAAAAAUAAUUAAGAAGAACUUGUGUCGAAACUUUAUGCUACAUCUGGUCAGCAUGCAUGACUUUAACCUCAUCAGCAUAAUGUCAAUAGACAAAGCUGUUGCCAGGCUCCGAGAGAUGCAGCAGAAGUUAGAGAAAGGAGAAUCAGCCUCCCCAACGGAUGAGGAAUCUUCUGAGGAACAAAGUGGGACAACAAAUGGAUAUAGUGAAAAUAAUAUGAGAGAGAGAAUUUCAGAAAUGGAUAGCAUCUCAGGUGUCACAAAACAGAGCAAGAAACAAAAGCUCUGAAGUCAAAAGUCAAUUGCCAUUCAACGGACAAGCAUUGAAAUGACAUUCUAGGGUGCAUGAGCUCUAUAAAGAAUUACACACAAAAAUACAGAGAUUCCAAACAGGCACUGCUGGAUGGAAAUAAAUGAUUUCAACAAGGAUAUUGUUUUAACAGGGUUCCUAUUCAGUUAAUUAUGCAAGUACUACAUGUAUAUCGGUUUUGGUGAUGUAAUGACAAUAUUCUAAGAGUUUGAGCAUGAAGAGCAAUAUGAAAAUCUUUUUGUAAUUUUAGUAAUUAGUGUCUUAAGAACUUUA